AUGUCAGAGAAGACGAAGUACGUUGAGCGGGAAAUUCCCGAGAUUUCCCUCCAAGAUUUCGAAUCUCGAGUCGAUGAGAUCACCUCUCAGUUUUGUAGCGCUGCCGAGAACAUUGGAUUCUUCGCCAUCAAGGACCAUGGGAUUACUGAGGCGGAAGUAGACGAGAUGUUUUCGUUGUCCGAGUCCUUUUUCCGACUCUCGGACGAAACCAAAGCGACCGUGCCAUGGACUCCGCAGAAUGUCGGCUGGGAAAAGAUGUCACAGGUCAGACCGUCCACCGGCCAGCCCGACAAUAAAGAGUCCUACCAACUCCAGUUCGGCGAACACAUGGAAGGAAAGUGGAUGGGCGAUGAAAAUCUACCCGGAUUCAAGAGCCGGUCUUUGGCUUUCAUGCACCGUGUGCAGGGCGUUUCUGAAAAGCUCAUGCUCUGCUUGGCCCGCGGUCUUGGCUUUCAGGACGACUACUUCAUCAAGUAUCACGACGCUAGCCGCCCAGACUCCCAGUCUUGUCUCCGUCUCUUACACUACUACGAGACUCCCAAGGUCAGCGACGGCAAGAUAUAUCAUCGAGCGGGAGCGCACGCAGAUUGGGGCUUUUUGACGCUCCUUUUUCAGCGGGGUGAGCAGUCCGGCUUGGAGAUUUGCCCUGGUCGAGAGGUCGUGACUGAGCACGCUCUGGGAGAUACAUGGACGAGAGUGGAGUUCAAACCAGGUGUCAUCGUGUGCAACAUUGGCGAUCUUCUGAUGAGCUGGAGUGACGACCGGUUCAAGAGCACGUAUCACCGGGUAAAGGCACCAUGCGACGAAGCAGAGGAUUAUUACGGAGAGCGAUUCAGCAUGGCCUUCUUCAACCAGCCAUGCAAAGAUGCAAUCAUUCAGGGGCCGAAGCAAAAGUAUCCCGUGGUAACGGGGGAGGAAUUCAACAGAAACGCGAUGAACCGGAUGUACGCGGCUUUGCAAGCAAAGAUGGCCGCAGGAGAAGAACCGAAUGGCCAACAGAUGAAGUUGGAGACGCCAUUGACCAAGUCUCAAUAA